CACAAUCGGAUGACCUGGAGGAUCAAUAAGUCUCUUAUGUAUUUUUGGAAGUGUGUAAAAAACAGGUCUAAUCGGAUAUUGACAAUAUAAAAACUUAAACUCAGACUGAGAUAUCCAGCCAGCUGUUUUCGCAUUCGUUAAAAAUGCAAGUAUCUCAGAUUGAUAAUUUUUAGUAGGGUCAUUAGGAAGUUUUUUAUAAAACUUAGUAUUCUGUAAUUGUGAGAGAAUUUCACUUUGAUAUUUACUUGUAUCUUGGACCACAAUCGCGCCUCCUUUAUCCGCAGAUUUUAUAAUAAUAUCAGGAUCACUCAUUAACUCAUUCAGAGCCUUUUUUUCAUUCAAUGUAAAAUUAUGUGAAACUGGUCUGCUAGAAGAGCAGGAUUCCAUCACAUCUUGUUCAACCAAACGACAAAAAGUAUGAAUGGUGUGGUUAGACACAUUUGGGCAAAAAUUACUUUUAGGUCUAAAGGGUGUCGUAACUGAACUCGAGUCUGAUUUGGAGAAAAAAUAACGUAACUUAAUCUGUCUAAAACAUUUAAACAGAUCCACCUUCAGACCAAAACAAUUAACCCCACUAGUAGGUACAAACGAUAGUCCUUUUGAUAAAACUGAAGUCUGAUCAUCAGAUAGUUCCUUUUCAGAAAUAUUAAUUACCGUCUCUUGGAGAAGCUGCGAGUCCAAGGUCGCAGACUUCUUUGAGGCUCUAGAUCCUCUUCGGCAUUUCUUCUUUUUGGUCUCCGUGCAGGGGCUCGUCUGUCCAAAAAAGAGGUAUGUGCACUAGAGUCACUGGUAAACUCACUCUCAGUGGAAUCACUCUGUCCUUUGAAGAAGGGCGAUACUCCAUUUCUCCUCCGAUUACGGAACCGGGUAGUAACUUCAGAUGGUCCGCGGACUGAUGCGUUGGUCUCUAGAGUGGUCCGGUCUCUUGUGUCGGGUCUAGCGGCUGGUGUAAUAUCCCAUGGGUACACUUCAUUUCGAAGGUAAUCUUCUGUAUCACGUUUGUACUUCUUCAACUUAAUUUCUUUCAAAUGGUCUCGAUAUUUCUCAGUAGACAAUUUUAUAGAGGAAAUCAGUGAGUCAAAAUCAGUGUGGGGAGUAGAUUUAAUCUUUUCUUCGAGUAGAUCGAUUUGUUCGUGGGUCUCUUGUGCAUCAGCAGAUACUUGUUCUACAAUCAGAAGCAUCAAGUCCAUAGAACAUUUGUUGAGAAUCUCACUCCAUCUCUUUAAAAACACUUUAUUCUGUUUGCAUAAUGUUGGAGGUUUGGGGAUUCUCAAACCGCGUGGGAUUCUCUUGUUCCUCCAAUAUUCACUCAGUGUAGAUCCAAAUUCUAGCAGUAAAAUUCACUGCUAAAAAUGCGCGACGAAGAGGAUCCGCCGCAAAAAAGUGAUUUCGUACCAAAAAGAAAGUCGAAAUCAUCUAUUUGGGAUUAUUUCGGCUACAAAAAGGAGGAUGUCGACCAAAAAGAGGUACUUUGCAUUGAGUGUCAUAAAGUUGUGGGCACAAAACAAGGAAACACCACCAAUUUGUCUGACCACUUAAAAAGGCACCACAAAGCUCUUUACGACGAAUACAAAGUCAAAUCUGGGACUGGAUGUCAACCAAAACAAACAAAUAUUUGUGAUGCCUUUGCCAGCGUGACACCUUACCAGAAAGGCUCUCAACGACAGAAAGAAAUAACAGAUGCAAUAACGUUUCAUAUCGCUAAAGAUAUGUUGCCACUAAAUACCGUCGCCAAAGAGGGAUUUAAGAAAAUGAUCCGAACGCUUGACAGACGUUAUGUUAUACCAUCCCGCACAUAUUUUUCCCAAGUUGCGAUAAAAGAGCUGUAUGAAAAAUGCAAAUCUAAGAUUGAAACAGAACUGUCGCACGUGGAAUACUACGCAAUCACAACAGACUUGUGGUCCAGCAGGACAACGGAGCCCUACAUGAGUCUGACGGUCCAUUUCAUCACAGAGGACUUCGAGUUAAAAAGUCGCUGUUUGCAGACGGCAUUUUUCCCGGAAAGUCAUACAGCAGAGAAUAUCGCAGAGGCCCUGAGAGAAGCGGUGUCCGCUUGGGGCUUAGAUGAGACACGUCAAGUCUGCAUGACAACAGAUAAUGCAGCGAACAUGGUAAAAGCUGCCGAUCUGAACAAGUGGACCAGGCUACAAUGCUUCGGCCACAGACUGCAUCUUGCAGUUGAAAACGCAGUGAAAAAGGAUGGCCGCAUUGAUCGUGCUGUAGGAGUCUGCAAGAAGCUGGUGAGCCACUUUUCUCACAGCUGGAAGGCCAGCGAUGCCCUGGCAAAAGUCCAGAAGGAACUCAAUCUACCAUCACAUUGUCUCAUCUCAGAAUGCCAAACAAGGUGGGGUUCCAGGCAGAUGAUGAUCAGCAGGAUAUUAGAACAGCAGCAGGCUUUAACUCAGGUCCUGUCUGCAGACAAGAAGCUGCGGCAUCUAAUUCCAACCUGGCAGGAUAUAGAUGUCCUGGAAUCGGUAAGCAAGUCACUGGGCCCAAUGCUGCAUUUCUCUGAUGCACUUUCAGGGGAUGAAUACGUCAGUGUCUCCUUUGUAAAGCCAGUUCUUCAGCUCUUCAACACUUCACUACUGGAAAUGCGAGGAGACGACACAGACCUGACCAAGAACAUAAAGAAGAAGAUGCUGGACUACCUCAAUGAGAAAUACGAAGAUGAUGAAACUCAGAAGCUGCUAGAUAUGGCAUCUUUUUUGGACCCCCGGUUCAAGAUGGACUUCAUCAGUGCAGACAAGAAGACCCAAGUUAAGGCUAGAGUGUCAUCACUGAUGAUGGAAUGCCAGGAGAAAUCAAGCUGCAGCACUGACGUGGAGCCAAAUGUUAGUGCACCCCAGGAAAAGAAAGCAAAGAAGUCAUUGGGAAGCUUCUUUAAACAGAGUGAAACUGCAGCAAAGGGUGAUUCCUCUCUGACCGUAAAGGAUGCUUUGGAAGCAGAGUUAAACACCUACCUGCUAACACCUCCAAUAGACAAAGAGGAGGAUCCACUUGCAUGGUGGAAAGUACACAAACUAAGCUUUCCUCAUCUUGCCAGACUUGCCCGCAGAUACCUGUGUAUUCCGGCGACAAGCUCACCGUCAGAGAGACUUUUCAGUACAAGUGGUAACAUUGUCACUUGCCAACGAACCUGUCUCAAGCCUGCAAAGGUUGAUAGACUUGUGUUCUUAGCUAAAAACCUUGAGUAAGCAAAGCAUUCAGCAUACAUAUGCAUGCGUUAUCAUGCUAAAGAAUACUCAGUUUAGAAGUUUUAUUUCAUUUUGUUUCAUCAUGAUUAUGAUGAUGACCAACACGGUUUUACUUUGGCACUUUUGCUAAGAAAAGUUGACUUAAAAACAAGAGAUUGUGAACCAAAAUGCUUAUAAGUUGUUUUAUAAAAAAAAUAUUUUAGUUAUGUUAUGAACCAAUCGGGGGGUUGGUGUUGUAAAGCUGCUGUUUAAAUGUGUUUAGCUUUUCUGUUUACAGGAAUAUGUUCUCUAAUCUGUUUAGAAGAUUUAAUACAAAAUAUAUUAAAGUUUUUUUUAUGUUGUUUAUUUCAUAUAUUUAGCCAUGAUUAUGAUGACCAACACUGUUUUACUUUGGCACUUUGGCUAAGAAAAGUUUACUUGAAAGAUUGUGAAUCAAAAUGCUUAUAAGUUGUUUGAUAAAAAUAUAUUUAUUUUAAGUUAUGUUGUUGUAAACCAAUCAGGGGGGUUGGUGUAAAGCUGCUGUUUUAUUUAAAAAUGUGUUCUGCUUUUGUGUUUACAGAAAUGUUCUAAUUUUGGAAUAAAAAUAUUAAGUGACCUUUUUGUCACUUGUAAUAAAGCUUGCUUAUUAGUGAAAUUAUUAAUAUUUUGGAAUGGUAAAUAUUUACUUUAGCCUGGAUCAAUGGCUCUUAACAUCGCAAUGUACAUCGUCUGGGGGAAAACUAUCGCAAUGUAAUUUUUUACCAACAUCGUGCAGCCCUAAGUGACAUUACUGUCAGAUUCAAAGUCUUUCGCGCUGAGCCAGACGGACGAGCUCAGCGCUGUCAUAUAGCAACAUUACAGUAUGCAGAGUUUUCAACCUCA